AUGGAUCGAUUUUUAUUAAACAAUCGUAAACGUACGAGUACAUGUGAAGACGAAGAAAUUUUACCAUCAACCAGUCGCGGUGAAACAGUAAAAAAGCGAAAAUGUCAUCAGUAUGAUGAUAGUUAUUUGGAUUUUGGUUUUACGUCAACAGAAAUUAAUGGUGAAGAGAGACCACUAUGUGUAGUAUGUAUGAAAGUUUUAGCAUCAGAAUGCAUGUUGCCGAGUAAAUUGAAGCGCCAUUUAGAAGCAAACCACAAGUAUAUGAUUGACAAACCUCGAGAUUAUUUUAUUAGAAAGUUAAAAGAACUAAAACAGGAAAAAAGUACGUUUUUCAAGAAUGCACCAAUACCAACCAAUACUUAG